CAUUCCGGCGGCGCAUCCGGACCUCCCUGUAAGAAAUUAAGGCCACGGAAUGUGUUAAGCUAGCUGGCCAAGGGUUGAUCGAGCCGCCGCCACCGCCGGUUACAGCUAGUAAACCAUGCAUGAUCGAUCAUCAUCACAUCCGAGGCACAGAAUCAUCUUAACGGCCGUUAUUUUGACACGUAGGCCAAUCGGCUGUAGAGGAUUGCAAGGAGCAAAUUUGGGGCGGUCGAUCUGUGUAUUCCAACUUUUUUUCCUUUUUGUGGCUGAUGAAGCAGAGUGGAGGAUCAGCUCGGAAACUUAGCUCCCUAGGAAAGUACACGUGUUUCUGAAGCUCCACCACGCCAUGCCAUGUGAAAUGCGAUGUUUCCACGAUCGCCACGUGUUUUUACCACCCAAGUUUUGUCCGCUUCUCCCAGCUCUAUUUUGUUCCUCUCUUCUCUACCGCAUUCAACCGCAUAUUCUCUCAAGCUGAAGAUUCUCGUUUGGUCAUCAAUGCAAAUUUAGGUUUUUGCAGUUGUUCUCAAUUCCGACCACUGAAGGUGAAAAUGCAAAUGCUGAAGAAAUUUCACAAGCUUUUGUGCUCUAGUGAAUCUAAUUCUACAACAAGGCAAUUGUGUGAAGAAUCUUUUAAAAAGUUGAAACUGGAUGUUGAAGAUCAAGUUGGAAGCAUUUAUUUCUUUGAUAGUGAUUCUACCUCAUUUGGUGUGAGUUCAAGAAUAUCUAAUCCAAAGACUUCAAGGAAAAAGGAUGAAAGAAAUGUGUGUUGCAAGAGUCUUAUUGAAGUGAAAACAAAUAUACACGUGUGCAAUACUCCUCCCUCCGUCCCUUUAAUAUUUUCCUUUUUUCGGACAUCUAACACACAUUCUUCUCAAUAUGAGAACAAUAUUUGUUGGCUGUGCAUGGCAGCUAAUGCUUUUUUAUUAUAAAUAGCAUAAAAAACUGCAUCAA